AUGUUAUCAUCUUCUCUACGCCGGGCGGCGUGGGCACCCAUCGUGCCCAUCUCCGGCGUAUCUCGCCAGCCUACGCAGGGCUUUGCCGCCGCUGCUGCUGCCUCCUCUUCCUCCAGUGGUCUUCUCGGCGCGACGAAUCAGAAUGUCCGCCAACGCCGGUACUCGUCUUCCUCAUCGAAGCCUAGCGACGGUUCCAGGAUAGAUGCUUCUUCCCAGACUCCUGCGAAGGGUGUCAACUCUGGGGAGAAGCGUGAGGGCAAGGCCUCGAGACGGAGGGGAAAGGAUGGCAAUGCUCGGCAAAAGUCGAGCCAGCAGUCGGCUUUUUCCAACCUUCCCAGUGUUCCCUCAACUCAGCACCGACAGCCGCAUGAUGUCCAUGUAGCUUCGUUCUUCUCCAUCCACCGUCCUAUCUCCGUCUCUACCACUGUCCCCCCGACCUCGAGCGCAGAAACGUUCGACUCCAUCUUCUCCAAGAGGUCGACAAAGAAUGAAGCGGACGAUGUGAUCUUCACGCUUUCCUCCGCAGUCGACACCAUGGAGGGCUCGGCCCAGAACAUGGAACAGGAUGAGUCGAAUAUCCUGACCCGAGGCUCCAAUUUCGAGAUGGAUGGUGCCCACCUCGACGGAAUCAACCUGGGCGACCUCAAAAUCUCCGUUGAUGAGCUCACAAAGCGUCUUCGCCCAUUCCACCCCCCUCCGCCCCCGGUCCCCUUUGACGAGGCCAAGGAUGCCCACCAGGCCAUCGAGCCCGAGGGCACCAGCUACUCGACUGUCCUGACCAUCCACGAAUCUACCCACGCCGAUGGCCGCAAGACAUACGAGGCCCACACCACCCCCUUCGUCCGUAGUCAGGACAUGGACGCCCCCGGUGUCAUGGAGAACGAGGCCAUCGAGGAGCUCCCCACCAACUCGGGCGCCACCUACAUCGAGCGUCUCCGCAACAACCGCACCAUGCACGCCAUCAGCACGAAGAGACGGCGCAAGUCGAAGAUGAAGAAGCACAAGUUCAAGAAGCUCUUGCGGAAGACAAGAACCCUGAGACGGAAGCUGGAUAAGGCUUAAUCAAAUCGUGUUGCCACUACAGUUACAUCUUUAGAUAUCCGCAUCACCGUUCUCUUUUUUGACACCCUCUUAACUUACCUAUUUACCCUGUUUUAUUUUAUUUUUUUCAUAACAUACUCUGAUAUUAGAAGCCGUCGGCCUGGGUUUU